UCUCCUUCCCCUUCUCUCCACGCUUCCAAGCACCCUCACCUCGCGCCCCGGUCCACGCCUCUAGGGAUUCCAACCCACCGAAUGCCUCUUCGCGCCCAGUAGCUUGCUUGUCUCAGCGGCGAGCCAUGGAGGACGGCAGCGGCGGCGGCGGGGAGGGGAGCACGAGCGCGGGGAGGUUCCCCAUACUGCAGGCCAACCGGGACCCCGAGUCCAACUGGGAGGUGGACGUCGCCAAGAGCCUCGAGGACUACCUCCUCAAGAUCUGCUCAGGCGAGAUCUCCGGCGAGGACGGGGCCUACAACUUCAACUUCGCCGAAGCGGCGCUAUUGAUCCAAGGAUCAGUUCAAGUUUACAGCCGCAAGGUGGAGUACCUCUACUCCUUGGUGCUACAUGCGCUGGAAUUUCUCUCGCAGAAUAAGCAAGAUCAACAAGAAAAGGCUUCUGUUGAAACAAAUGAAAAUGAUCCUAGCACUGCCGCCAACAAAGAAGAUGAUUUGUUUGCGGGGUUAGACAAUGUCCCAGCGGAAUCGAGGACCACUUUGGACAAUAAUCUUGACCGAGAUGAUUUGCGAAGAAAAAUUGUGAGGCCACCAGCAAAUCUGUUGGUGUUUGAAGGAGAUGGCGUUGAUAGCGAAGCGAGCGAGUUGGAUUCCUAUUUGUUAGCCACAUGUGGUUUCUAUGGCGAUUUCCUGCUGCUGGAUCCACGUGAUGCACCAGCUGUUUUGGACUUUUUGCAAGGAAAAGAAUCAGGCAAAGAAGAUAUUCCGGCUUAUAGAGGUGGCUCAGCACCAUCUAAAACCAGAAACAAUGUCUUUGCUUCUCCAAAUGUAAGAUCGGGGGGUACUGCUCGUAGACGAACCCCUGGGAAAGCUCCAACCCCUGGGAAAGUCCCAGAAAUUGCAGGUCAUAGUCAUGAUAAUAUCUUGGACCCCAAUGUAAAUCCUGGCGAUUGGUCUGGUCAUCCUUUUGAUCAUCCUUUUGAGCCUGAUAUUCCUGGUCCAAGCAUGUCCCAGCAUGAUGACGAAGAUACUGGGUGCCCAGAUCCUGACAGUGGUUCUGAUGACGAGGACCCAUAUGAGUUACUGGAUCCGCAUGAACCUAGCAACCUGAAGAUCAAACCUUAUAAGAGAGUGAAAGGUUUUUCAAGGAAAGUUAUUGGCGCACCAAAGAAGAAAACUCUUGCAUCUGUAUUUCCUGUGGCAAAGAUUGACGGUGUUGUUAGUCCUGAACUAACAAAAUCUUUUGAAGUACAAAUGUCUCAGCAGGAAAACCCCCAUGCUUCUCAAUCAGUACCUCUUUACGAAAAGCUUAGGAUGUCAUUUGAAUCCGGAGAAGAACAUCACCAACCCGAAGAAGAAAAUCAGCCUAAUAAUUAUGUACAUGAUUCCGAUAGUAAUGAUGAGGCAGAUAAUAUACCGAAUUAUGACACUGAGAUUGACAGUCCAAGAUAUUCGGAUAAGAAUGUGGAUGUUCCGGUUACACAGGAGAUCCCGGAAGGAAAAAGCCUUGCUGAUAUGUGUCGGUCACAUCUGGAUCUUCUCCUUGCUAACAUAGCUGAGGCCGAACAACAAACCGAGCUGGAUGCACGAGUUUCAACAUGGAAACAACGAAUAGAGCAUGCCUUGGAAGUGCAGGAUGAAAAUCCACCUUUUGAUAUUGGAUUAUAUGGUGAGCGUAUCAUUGACAAGCUCUCAUUAAGAGCUGAUACAGGGACUGCAUCAUUCAGUCAGAUUGUUAGUGGCAAAGAAAAGUUCGAGGUUGCAAGAACAUUCUCUGCCCUUCUCCAGCUGGUGAACGGCAGAAGUGUUGAUCUGGACAAAGGACAAGUUACUAAUGAAUUAGUCUGUUACACAGCUGCUAAUCCGUUCCACGUAAAGCUCAUUGGUUCGAACCGAAGACCAGAAAUGGAGGCACGUUUCGCACGCAAGAGAGUCAAGUCUCCUCAACGAAGUUGUGGUGAAGACGGUGAACCCUCUCUGGUGCAACCAGAGUCCUCCAAGAAGCAGCCACAUAAAAAUGGCAAGAAUGGCAAGGUAUUGGUUAAGACGGCAGUAAGACUGACUCCUGAAGGAAAGCGGAGGCGAAGGUCUGCUCAACUAGUGCAGCCAUUCAACCUGGAAUCCAGUUGACGCAAAUGAAUGGCAGACUGACCCUUGAGGGCAUUAGUAGUAUGAUGUUUCUCUUCUAUUGUUGAGUGUCUAGCUCUUUUCUUCUGAGGGACGUUCAGUGUCUAGCUGAUGGCAGAGGUUGAUAAGCAGGGUGAACUACUAAGGUAUGACUUAGGGCCUAGCUAGGUGGUGCAUAUGUACAAUAGAUCAUUUUGUUCUGUUAUGUAUGUAUAUUAUCGACCCAAAUGUAAUGUUAACCAGAAACAUUUUUGGGCCAGAACUGCCCUUAUAUGGGCAAACACAUUGUUCAAUAAUAAUUCUAAUUCAGUGA